AUGAUCAUUUAUCUCUCUCUCUCUCUCUCUCUCUCUCUCUCUCUCUCAGGUAAUCAGCUAGCGGUUGUUUCUAUAGACCUCCUCAAGUCUAAAACAGGUCCAAACCGGAAGGAGCAUCACACCGACCGCUAUGAUAGUAAAAACCUCAUCAUACGUCGAGGGCAGACCUUCCAGAUGUGGAUCGAGUUCUCUAGACCGAUUGAUUUCAAGAAAGACAAAAUAGAACUUGAAUUCAGACUGGGUCCUUUGCCAAUGAUAUCAAGGGGAACACUAGUGAUUGUUCCUCUAGUUAACGUGUUGCAGAACAAUAGCUGGGGGGCCAAGAUUGUCGAACAGAACGGCAACAAAAUUAAACUGUUGGUGAACUCCCUGCCAACUGCUCAGAUUGGUCGAUAUGAAUUAAUCAUAAAAACAGUGAGCCCAAAAGGGUUCAGCAAAUCGACUAUCAAGCCUGAAAAUGACAUCUACAUGCUGUUUAACCCCUGGUGUGAAGAUGACUCGGUGUAUUUGGAAAAUGAAGAUGAAAGGAACGAGUACGUUCUGAACGAUGUCGGGAGGCUGUACUACGGAACCGAAUAUCAGAUUGGAGCUAGAACAUGGAAUUUUGGACAGUUUGUUGAAGGGGUUCUGGAAGCAUGUCUGUUUGUACUGGAACGCAGUCGAACUUUCGGUGUAGGGUGGGGAAACCCUACUAACAUUGCCAGGGUUGUUUCAGCCAUGAUCAACUCUCCCGAUGAGGGGGGCGUGCUGGAAGGUAACUGGUCGAACGACUACGCGGAUGGGACCUCCCCUACAGCCUGGAGUGGUAGUGUGGAUAUCCUGAGGCAGUACCACACAAAUAAAGGCUCGCCUGUCAAAUACGGACAGUGUUGGGUAUUUUCUGGGGUCACCACCACAGUUCUCAGGUGUUUAGGCAUUCCCACCCGCAGCGUCACAAACUUCAGUUCCGCCCACGAUACCGACAAUUCCUUGACCAUCGAUGUGUAUUUGGAUGAGAACCUGAGUCCAAUCGAGAGGCUCAACAACGAUUCUAUCUGGAACUUUCAUGUAUGGAAUGAAAGCUGGAUGUCCCGUCCUGAUCUUCCAGUUGGCAUGGGUGGCUGGCAGGUGGUGGAUGCCACUCCUCAAGAAACAAGUCUGGGCUUUUUCCGUUGUGGCCCCACACCUGUAGCAGCCGUCCGUCAGGGACAGGUCUUCUUCAAAUAUGAUGCCCCCUUUGUGUUUGCUGAGGUCAACAGUGACCGACUCUACUGGCAGAAGAAAGCUAACAACUCUUUCACUCAGAUUGAUUGUGAAAAGAAUGUUGUGGGCCAUUGCAUCAGCACCAAGGCCGUUGGCUUGGACAAGAGAGAGGACAUAACACACCUCUACAAACACCCAGAAGGGUCUGAGGAAGAACGAAUCUGUGUGGAAACUGCCUCCCUCUACGGUUCCAAGCCUAACCUCUACUGCCCUGCCACAGCCAAGGAUGUCACCGUAGAGAUCUCAGUGAACAAGGAGGGGCCAGAGGUGGGCGAAGAUGCCAAGCUGUUCAUCACUGUGAAGAAUGGCAGCUCUGAGCAUCGCAGUACCACUCUGUACAUCCAGGUGGCAGUUAUGUAUUACACGGGAGUCCUAAAGGGCACCUUAAAGCAGGAUCAGUUGGCAGUGAAGCUUAACCCCAAAGAAGUCCAGACUCAGGUUUGGACCCUUCAUUAUGAGGACUAUAAGGGGAAGCUGGUGGACCAGGCGGCCCUGAUGCUCAACCUGUCAGGACGAGUCGGUGAGACCAAGCAAAUUUUGGCAACGCAGUUCAACUUCCGCAUGCGCACUCCAAACCUCAGCAUCGUUCCUGUAGGCGACGCUGUGGUGGGGAAAGAGAUUUCAGCUACAAUCAAAUUUAAGAACCCUCUGCAACGCGUGCUGACCAAUGUCAAGUUCCGCAUUGAAGGACUGGGCUUGCUGUUAACCAGAGAGAUUUCCUACGGUGAUGUGGGCAUCCAGGGGUCAGUAACUCUGACUGAGAAAUUUAUUCCUACGCUGCCUGGACCACGAAAGCUUCUCGCCACUCUGGACUGUUCUCAGCUCAGACAGGUUCACGGUUCUGCCGACAUCAGCGUCAAAGAAAAGUGAAGACACUGUGAAGAGGGAGCUCAAGUCAUGAUAACGGCAAUUACCAGGCUUCAUGACAUUUUAUCUUAACUUCUAUUUGGUGUUUUAUUUACUUUUAUUAACAAUUAAAAGCCCUAGGCUAUCA